GCACUCCUUUCUUUUUUUUUUUUCUUUCUUUAGUCCUCUGUGCAGUUGAUGCCCUUCAUUAUGAGCUUCAAACCUGCAACAGAUCUCUAGUCUCUUCCAACAUAGGACUUUUAUUUAAAGUGGUGGUUGGAAGAUAGGAGAAGUCAUCUUGUUCAUACUUCUCUCAUUAGAGACAUUAAGUUUGCUUGUGUGAAACAGAGCAAGAAAAUUGAGUUUUGUUUGAGAAAAAUAGACAUACAGAUGGGGGGACCAACAAGGCCACAGUUCGUUCUCUUUGGAUCUUCCAUUGUCCAGCUCAGCUUCAGCCAUGGCGGUUGGGGCUCCAUUCUCACCGAUAUUUACGCUCGCAAAGCAGACAUAGUGUUGCGAGGAUACUAUGGAUGGAACUCAAGGCGUGCUGUUGAGGUCUUGAAUCAAAUUUUUCCAAAGAAUGCUUCUGUACAGCCUGCUUUGGUGAUUGUAUACUUUGGUGGUAAUGAUUCCAUGGGGCCUCACUCAUCUGGCCAAGGUCCUCAUGUACCACUUCCUGAGUACAUAGAGAAUAUGAGAAAGAUUGCACUUCAUCUGAAGAGCCUCUCUGACACCACACGCAUCAUUUUUCUGAGCUGUCCUCCAGUUGAUGAGGAGAGGGUCCAUUCAAGCACAAGUGGAAUCUUUAGUGAGUUAGUUCGAACAAAUGAGUUAUGUCAAAAGUAUUCAGAAGCAUGCAUAGAGCUAUGCCAGGAAAUGGGCGUGGAAGUUGUUGAUCUCUUCUCUGCACUUCAAAGAAGAUGCGACUGGACAACUGCUUGCUUUACGGAUGGAAUUCAUUUAGCUGCUGAAGGGAGCAAAAUAGUUGUGGAGGAAAUACUGAAGGUGCUGAAGGAAGCUGAGUGGAGUCCCUCUCUACAUUGGAAGUCCAUGCCAGCUGAAUUCCCAGAGGACUCGUCGUAUUAUCUUGUAGCUGCCGAUGGGAAGACAACACUGAAUCCUUCAGAAUGGACAUUUCACAGGGAAAUUCAAUGGGACUAAAUUUGCAAAUGCUAUCCCACGCUAGUGUCGUCAAAGUUGAAUUCAGGAAUAGUUAGUUUUACCAGAAUCAAACAUGAAAAAACUUGGAAUAAUUGAUUGCAAUUCAAGCUUGUGAAGCGCUUAUGAACCCAUUUUCGUCUUC